UUAAUAGGAUGGGCAGAAAGGGACUGGGAGCGAGGCUGGGUUCAGAAUCUCAAGUAAUUUGGGAGUUUGCCUAGGGACUGGGACGAUUUGGCUGGGCAUUAAUUUGAAGAUCCUUUUGCGACACGCCUGUCCCCUCAGCCACAGUCAGGAGCAGGGUACCACCAUCUUAAGGACAGAAAAGCUACAGGACUUUAGGAGGCCACCGUCCUGAUUUGGGAAGCCCAACUUCCUUUGGCCAGACAGCAGCUAAGCUGAUUCAUCCCAUCAGCCUGGAUUGGUGAAACUGAAUCACAGGAGAUAUUUCCAGGUUUGCUGGGAUGGGAAACCUGCUCAAAGUCCUUACCAGGGAAAUUGAAAACUAUCCACACUUUUUCCUGGAUUUUGAAAAUGCUCAGCCUACAGAAGGAGAGAGAGAAAUCUGGAACCAGAUCAGCGCCGUCCUUCAGGAUUCUGAGAGCAUCCUUGCAGACCUGCAGGCUUACAAAGGCGCAGGCCCAGAGAUCCGAGACGCAAUUCAAAAUCCCAAUGACAUUCAGCUUCAAGAAAAAGCUUGGAAUGCAGUGUGCCCUCUCGUUGUGAGGCUAAAGAGAUUUUACGAGUUUUCCAUUAGACUAGAAAAAGCUCUUCAGAGUUUAUUGGAAUCUCUGACUUGUCCACCCUACACACCAACCCAACACCUGGAAAGGGAGCAGGCCCUGGCAAAGGAGUUUGCCGAAAUUUUACAUUUUACCCUUCGAUUCGAUGAGCUGAAGAUGAGGAACCCGGCUAUUCAGAAUGACUUCAGCUACUACAGAAGAACCAUCAGUCGCAACCGCAUCAACAACAUGCACCUAGACAUUGAGAAUGAAGUCAAUAAUGAAAUGGCCAAUAGAAUGUCCCUCUUCUAUGCAGAAGCCACACCAAUGCUGAAAACCCUUAGCAAUGCCACAAUGCACUUUGUCUCGGAAAACAAAACCCUGCCAAUAGAGAACACCACAGACUGUCUCAGCACAAUGACAAGUGUCUGUAAAGUCAUGCUGGAAACUCCGGAGUACAGAAGUAGGUUUACGAGUGAAGAGACCCUGAUGUUCUGCAUGAGGGUGAUGGUGGGAGUCAUCAUCCUCUAUGACCAUGUCCACCCUGUGGGAGCUUUCUGCAAGACGUCCAAGAUCGAUAUGAAAGGCUGCAUAAAAGUUUUGAAGGAGCAGGCCCCAGACAGUGUGGAGGGGCUGCUAAAUGCCCUCAGGUUCACUACAAAGCACUUGAAUGAUGAAUCGACUUCCAAACAGAUUCGAGCAAUGCUUCAGUAGAGCUCUGCUCAAAGAAGAGGAUCUAUGUGCUGACCUCAGAAGAUGUAUAUGUUUACAUAAUUUAAUACAGAUUGAUGUUAAUACUUGUGUAUUUACAUAACCGUUUCCUUCUUGUCACUGAAAUAUAUGGACCUUAAUUUGUAUCCUAACUGACUCAACCCAGCAGAGCAUAAAUUGACUUGAGAGCCUUACCUUUGAUGUCUGAAAUGAAACCCCCUUCUCCAAAGGCAAAAUUCAGAGACUUUGAUCUUUGCUACUGGAGUCCUUUAACAACACCUGUAAUGAUAAAAAAUUCCUAAUUGUUUGUGGUAGUAUUUUAAUUCUAGACGUGUUAUCUCUCUGGGACGUAUAGUUUAUAGAAACACAAAAUAUUUGAUUUCCUGUGUCGACUCAGCUACAAGAAACACAACUGUUAUCUUGACAGAGGAAGAGGGGAAUCCAAGAAAAAUGCAUGUGGAGAAUUAAACCCAAGUGUUCUGAAUUCAGCACACCCCUUCUCUGUCCUCAGACUGGAGUCCACACGUGCAACUUUUCUGUUUGCACGUGUUUUAUUAAUCAGCAUAUUCCUUUUCUGUUUGGAUUUAUAUCCCUCUAAUGUUCUCCUUUAAUGUUCUCCUUUAAUUUCACAAGAAAAAAAAACUCCUGUAUUUUAAUCAGUUAGUAGGAGAGCAGCAGAAAUAGAUAGAUGUGCUGUUGCCACUGGACUGAUGAAGGUGGCUGUCUUGGAACUGGGAGACAGGUCCACAGAGGUGCACUCAGGCAACAGGACAGCCAUCUGUCUGCUUCAGCCCUCUGCCUAUAGGGAUUAGGGAAAUGGAGCUCUGGCUUUGAAGUUUUUUGUGAGUUUAGCAACUUACAGUUACCUGCAGAGUGCUGGGUGCACAGCACCCCCUCAUAGGAGCCCUGUUCUCUGAAGACCCUACAAGAAAAAAGGUCUAGGGUACUCCGUUAGCUACCAGAAUGGUAUAGGGGAAUUUAGAGGGGGAAAAAAAAUCCAUGUUUUCUGUUUCCCAGGUUUUUAAAAAGUAGCUCUUCCCCAACCCCGUUGCUAGCUUGUUGCAAUGUGAAAGCUCUGGUGCACCUGAAUUUACUCCUGGCCUUACUAAUGAUUCAUAGUGUGAUCUUGGGAAACGUUUUUAAGCUUUCUGAGUCUUAACCUCCUUGUCUCUAAAAUGGGCAAUUAAAACAAUCUUCAAGAGGCCUAUAAGGUUAAUGCCAAUAAAACGACUGAAUCUGCCCUUCUUCCUGAGGAAGUAGUAUCCAGCAAGCAUUGUCCCACCUUGUCUUGUUGAUGAACAAUAUUAUAAAACCUGCAGUCAUUCUGUCUGUAGAUCAGAGCUUAGUUCGAAUGGAACCAUGAAAAUCUUUGAUUCUGACCUCCUAAGGAAAAUGAAACCCAGAGGGUGUGGUCAUACUGGAUGGCUCCCAUGCGGGCCUAGAACCCAGGAUGCUUCACUCUUGGCUCCAUGUUCUUCCUUUUAUACCAUAUGGCUGUGAAUACAUACUAUGGGAUGGGAUUCAACCCUUCUAAGUAAAUCCUCAGUCUGGUCUAUAUUGUUACUUGCCUGUUUCCAGUAGAAGGAGCCACCCAGACGUUUAGUGAAUGAUAAUCCUAGAAGUUGAGUCUGAGUACAUCAGAGUUUGGCAUUAUUUGCAAUAUCCCAGGAAGGAGCUGUAAGACACUAUUGCUUUCUGGACUUUAGUGACCAGCUGAUCUACCCUUGGAUCCUCCAAGAAAAGGGAAAAAACACUUGUCUUAUGUUGUUUUAGCAAGGGAGUUCAGUCAAGUGGCAGGAAAGAUUCCCUGGUCUGCAUCUAAACAUCAGUCCACAGAGAAGGAAAAGGCUCUUUUACUUGGAGAUUUUCAAGUUGAAGAAGUACAACUGCUUGGAUGGAGGGUCUGUCAUCAGAAUAGAAAUAUGCUAGAUGGUCUUCAAGACCUUUUUGAACCUAUGGAUUCUAAACCCUAGAGGAAGCCAGAAUAUGUGAUCAUACCAUCUGAGGAAAGUUAGGAGAUAUUCAUCUUAAGAGAUAUUCUAUUUGGCAGUCACUUGUUACACUUGAGCAACAAUUGUCUAGACUAGAAAGAUAGAACCACACAAUGUUUAUCAUCAUUGGGUCAAUUUCUCCCCCUCUAUCGAGUGAGGAGAUUAAGGCUUGAAGAAAGGAAAGGACUUGCCAACCACCACAGGGCUCAUGAGGGACUUGGACCCAUCUCGUGUGUCUCUACCACAGCUGACUCUCAGCUGGCUAAAGGAGAAAAUGUGAGGAAUUACCUGUCAAAUUAGAUUGAGCUCAGAGUAAAUAGACGAGCACAUUGAUAACUCUAAAUUAGACUUUCUACAAAUGGGACCAAACAUAUGGAAGGGGCUGCUGGUCUGCCUCAAUGUAGCCAGGCCACCUUGUCUCAAAGCCAAGACUCAGCAGUACAUGGAUUCUGAGAAGUCCAGGGUCUGAAUUGUCUCUGAUUACUGGAAGGACAGGUUAACUGAAUGUCUGUGAUCACUAACAGGUGAUGGGCUUUGUGCCCACUCCAGAGAUAUUGUGGGAGACAAAUUCUAACAGGCUGUCCUCCCGGCAUCAGGAGUCAUUGAACAAUCAUGGAUUGCUGUGUUUGAGUUUUUGUUUUGUUUUGUUUUGUUUUUUGUUUUUUGCUUUGUUUUUGUUUUUUUGUGUGUAUGUGUGUGUGCUGCAUGCACAUGCGUCCAAGACUUAUGGGUGGUUUAGGGGAAAGUGCUAGCAACAGUGUCAAUGUCAUUGUUAACUAUAUUUCAUAUUUGAGGUCUCAUUGUUUUCAAAUAAACAGUGUUUUCCAUGACUGUGAUAUUUAUUUUUGGGAAAGCAACAAGGUAAAAAUUAUGUUUCUCAGAUGCACUGCUACUUUGGCGUUAUGACUCUGUUCUGAGAAACUCUUUGUGCACCACUAGAAAUUAGCAGUGAAAAAAAAAAAACUGGAAAUGAAUGUCUUCAAAUGUGCUAAUCAUUAGGGGUGGAGUAUUAACAACCAGAAAGAAAGGUUUGGAUAUUACCUUUUAACUACUAGUUAAUAUCAUGCUUGAUCAACAUUUGUUCCUAGUUAUCACCAUUAAAUUAAGACAUUAAUGGUAAACUGAGGUUACUGAUGCAUCAUCACAUUUAAGUAAAAAUAAUUUCAUGUUUUCCCCAAAGAAAAAUUAAGCCUCCCAAUCUUGGGAUCCAAUUGUGCAGUAGAAUUCAGAGAUUUCUCAUUUAAUCUUGUAUCCUGUACAGCUACAAAUAUUUUUUAAAUGUUAGGAAUAAACAUUGGAAUUUUGUCUUAAAGAGUUCAAAACCUUGGAACCCAAUUUUCUCACUACAUCUGUAAGGGCCAUUACAGACCCAAAGCUGUUUUGAAGUUUUCAUAUGUUGUUUGCUGAAGUCAUUGUAACUUUUUGCCUGCUUUGCCUCUUUUUGUACAGGAGUUUUGAGUGUGAAAUGAAAAUUAAAGUUUGGUACCUAUAUUUAAAAA